GCACCGGGAGACCGCUGUGGAUCUUCUGCAGGAGGACCUGGAUGCCGCAAGGCCAGAAGCUUUCUCCCCAGACCCGGAGGAGGACCGUCCAGGGGAGCCUUUGAACGACGUGUUGGCUUGGCUGAAUGUGGCAGAUCUCGAGGAGGAAAUUCGUUCGAUAAUCAUUUUGCGGGCUGCUGUCGCACAGGAUGAUCCCCACAGUGCCUUCUUCCUUCCUCCUACCGCUGAUCGCGCUGAACGAGGCCGACGCCUCCAUGUUGUUUUGACUGCAACAGUCGUGCGUUGCAUUUACGCGGCGCGGAUGGAGCGAGAUGACAGAAUGCCGCUGUGUAACGGCCAGGGGAAAAUGUGGCGCCGUUUCGGCGGAGACCUCGAAGUCCGCCCCCCGGGUCACCCGGUGUUCUGGUGCUUCGCCAUGCUUUGCCUUUCGGAGCUUUGCGCAGCACGCCAGCGUCGCCAGAUCGUGUUGUUCUUGAGGCGGCGCCUGUCGGAGAGUCCGCGGAUCCUGAGGAGGAGGAGUGGAACCGCCGCUUUCGUCGUACAGGGGCCGCUGGCCGAAUGGCUCCUGACUAAGUUCAUUGACAGAGACUUUGCUGGGCUUUCAGCAUCGGAGAUCCUCCAGAGGAUGCGGGGAGCGGUGACGUUGGUCUUCCUUGGUUUCAUCGGCAAGUGGCAUGCAGAGGUGCGGCUGAACACCAAGGAGUGUCCAUGCGGCUUGCAGUCCGAGGCGACUUCGACAGCCGAAGAUCUCGCGCUUUUCGAGACAUUUUUGAACUGCCCUUUGGGCAAUCAUGUGGAAACAGCAUUGGACAUUGACAUAGCCCCUCCAAGUCCAAGUGAGCCGCGUUCUGUGCAGAUGCCCAUCGCCUUGGGCCGGCCCGAUGCACCUUUGCAGGCCAAAUGGAAACACGUCAUGAAACGUGCCACAGCAACAACCAAGCAACUUCCUCCGGCAGUGCGUGACCCGGGGACGACGGACACCAGCACACCUAGAUCCAGUGGCUACGAGAGGGAGUCAUGGCCAUGGCAUCUGCCCAUGCAGGUCUAUGAGGAGAUCGUGUUUCAGCCCACGACGGCACCGCUCCUGUGCCUUGCCGGCAGGUUGGCAGUUCCGCCGGAGCCCGGCUGCAGGGAGACAUGGGAGAAGUGGAUGAAGUGGACGACUCCAAGGAAAAACGAUGUGGCCUCGGAUGCCACGCCUGAAGACGUCAUGGACCCGGCGCUGGAUCUGGCGAGGAGCCAAUCGACUUCCUCUCAGUCAGGCUGGCAAAGCCGUGCCUCAGAGGGCGAGGCUGCCAGCCUGGCGACCCCCCGCACCCUUCAGGCGUCGGUCUCGCCCUUUUCUGCGGUGUACGAGCUCCGGAACAAAGAGGCCAAGCGGCUUGUCGAGCAGAUCAAGGCUGAAACGCAGAGCACGCUGCCUUUCCUGACCUGCGAAUCCCGACCCAUCACAUACGAGGCGGAGGAGGCCAGCCCCGUGAUCAUGAAGUCGCUGCCGCCCAGGUUUGAGACCUUCGCGCGACCAGCUCAGGAGCGAAGGCGACAAAAGGACGGCGUCCCCAGUCUCUGUGGCCUGGAAGCUUCCUGGUGUCUUGGCUUCGGGGUUCCCGGGGUUCCUCUUGGGUCGUGGGCCGUUGGCCUGUCCAGCCGUUCCUGUCAGCCUUACGAAAGGUGUGCGUUGCUGGGUUGCACAGUUAGUGUUGUGACGGUGCGACACUGCUCGUGCAUCGCGGUGUGUACCGGCCGGAGUGUUGACUGGGACAAGUUGUCUUGCAGAUGCUUCUGGAUCCUCUGGCCGACGCAGCUCAAAGGAUGUAUUCCGGAGACGGCAUCAAUGCAAUGCAGCUGCAUGCCAUGCAAGUCAGUCGUUAGUUGCUGCCCUGCUCUGCGAGGCUGUGGGGGCGGUGUGAGAGAUAGCUCAGCAACAGGGUCCUGCCCGUGA